AUGGUUCAGCACUCAGAGCCUCGCAAACUGAUGGUUCAGCACUCAGAGCCUUGCAAACUGGUGGUUCAGCACUCAGAGCCUCCCAAACUGAUGAUUCAACACCCAGAGCCUCGCAAACUGAUGGUUCAGCACUCAGAGCCUCCCAAGCUGAUGGUUCAGCACUCAGAGCAUCGCAAACUGAUGGUUCAGCACUCAGAGCAUCGCAAACUGAUGGUUCAGCACUCAGAGCCUCCCAAACUGAUGGUUCAGCACUCAGAGCCUCGCAAACUGAUGGUCCAGCACUCAGAGCCUCGCAAACUGAUGGUCCAGCACUCAGAGCCUCGCAAACUGAUGGUCCAGCACUCAGAGCCUCGCAAACUGAUGGUACAGCACUCAAAGCCUCCCAGACUGAUGGCCCAGCACUCAAAGCCUCCCAAACUGAUGGUCCAGCACUCAGAGCCUUCCAAACUGAUGGUCCAGCACUCAGAGCCUCCCAAACUGAUGGUCCAGCACUCAGAGCCUCCCAAACUGAUGGUCCAGCACUCAAAGCCUCGCAAACGAACGUCAGAAGAAGCUCCGUAA